GAACACUAGGCGUGAUGCAUUUCCUGUUGCUAAUUUUAGCCGAGCGUCUAUAGUGCCCUGGACAUUACUCUGGUACACUACACGAGUGUCCCGUCUUGUUUUUUUUUUUCUAUGGUGUAUCUUGAAAGGGAUCUGCAGACGGCUGAUACCUUUGGGCAUGCUCACACCAGCCUCUUGCAGCGAGUGUACCCGCUCAUCGAGUGUGAUUUGUUAAUUUUUGCUUGUGCGCACUGACACCACGCUUGUUAAUUCAGUUGGUAAGCAAGCGUUUCCAACUUUACAAGGCCGAUAAACCUACUAUCCUUACUUCGUAUAGCUGUCUACUAAUUUGCUAUCGCAAUUGAUGCUUCGCCUUUAGGGCGAAACUGCGACUUUCUUUAUCGCAUUAUCAUAGUGCGUGUGCGCUACACAGUCACAUGAGCUUAAAGAGCAAGGGGAGAAUUUCAUGCGAUAACUAAAAUAGCGAUUGUCUUCCACGCAGUCGCUGUCGACCACUGCCAAAAGCGGCCGCUUAAGACUGUUAUACAGGCGCGUAUGCCUGAAUUUUCAACGUUUGACCCAUGCGAGCCGCAAUACCACGGCAGAAGAAGAGGUAGACCAGGGCAGAACCAGACCUAUUGGUGUCGCCACGUAGCUCAACACUUUGCAUGAGAACAUCUACGUGGGAAAUAAAACGACCUUCUUAUGACCAAGGCGUCUCCCUCGCAAGGCAGCGAUGGUAAGAAACCACGCCCCCCGUGGUCGACACUGUCAACUAGGGCGGCCGAAUCCCGGAUGCCCGGUUGGAUCCCUGAGCGAGACCGUCGUGAGGCUGGCUCUUCCUCGGGCACCAAGUACAAGCAGAGCCCCGUCAAAAGUUCGUCCACCAAGCAAAGAGGCGACGGUGGCGGGGUCCCUCCGCCGUCAUCCAGGGGCGCCGACACCCGGCGGCCCAGCUGGAUAUCGGAGCGGGAUUGGCUGGAGGCCGGUCCUUCGGGUGUCAGGCAGAGUCCCGUGAAGUUGGGUCCCGGGUCUAGACCGGCCAAAACGGCGGAAAUGCAAAGCAGGGCGACAUCAGUGACGGCCACCGUUUUGGGGACUCCUCGUCGACUCUGCAGGACACCCACCAAGCAGCGAGGCGACGGUGGCGGCGUCCCUCCGCCGUCAUCCAGGAGCGCCGACACCCGGCGGCCCAGCUGGAUAUCGGAGCGGGAUUGGCAGGAGGCCGGUCCUUCGGGUGUCAGGCAGAGUCCCGUGAAGAAGUUGGGUCCCGGGUCUAGACUGGCCAAGACUGCGCGAAUGCAAAGCAGGGCGACAUCAGUGACGGCCACCGUUUCGGGGAUUCCUCGUCGACUCUGCAGGCAAUCCACCAAGCAGCGAGGCGACGGUGGCGGCGUCCCUUCGCCGUCAUCCAGUAGCGCCGACACCCGGCGGCCCAGCUGGAUAUCGGAGCGGGAUUGGCAGGAGGCCGGUCCUUCGGGUGUCAGGCAGGCUCCCGUGAAGCAGUUGGGUCCCGGGUCUGGACCGGCCAAGAUGGCGCGAAUGCAAAGCAGGGCGACAGCAUUGACUGCCACCGUUUCGGGGAUUCCUCCACCGCGACGCCGCACGGAGGAAGGCGUAUCCCGGCAGAGUCCCGCGCCAGCCAACCUGAGCCCCGGUGACCUUGAAAGAGAGGACGGCGCCGGAGGACGCAGUGGUGCUCCUAUGGAGGUUGACCAUGCGAAAUUAUUGUCAAGUGCGUUCGAUGAGGUGAUGAAGGCAGUUUCGGCAUCAAUACACAUGAUAGCGUCGUCCUGUGUCGCAACGAGCGAUCCUGACCAGCAGUCAGGAAAUGACUCUUCUUCGUAGAGCCGGCUUGGCUGGUUUCCCGUUCCGAACUGCUAGGACACUCCUGUUACACCAAGGAACUUAUUCGUACGUUAUAUUUAUUCUGACGUGGAGACCAUAGGUUUCUGUAUUAUUUUUAGCUUAGAGCUGCGAUGGCUUACUACAGCGGCUUGUGAUAUUGAUUACUGUUAUUUCUUUUAGUUUAUUUUACGGUUUUGAACUUUGCGACUGCGUACCCUAUUGUACGUACAAGAAUCAAGUAAACGCACGUGACUUUCUAGUUAUUCUUGGCCUCCAUUCUUUGCAUACUCGCCUCAGUUCUACAUGCAUCUGCCAUGACUGGCUUUCACACCCCUAACUGCCUGUUUCUUAGGACUUCGCAUUGGCUCGGCAAGUGCGGAAUAUUUUCGUUGGCGUAGCUCAAGAAACCUAACAUUGUAGACCAGGGUCGAGCAGGCCCUUCUGGAUCUAGGUGUGCUGUCAUCCUAUAUGUUCAUGGCAUAUCUCACAAUCUGAAAAAAGUAGGCAAACGAGCUGGUGUUCGGGUUUUACUUUCCACUCCGAAACGCCUUGGUUUGAUGUGUGCCAAGGUGAAUGCAGUACAUCGGGAAAAUAAACAGGUGUGCGCAAAAAACCAUGGGUAGAAGCAUGUCGGUUGUGUAAAGAAAGCAGUUUAUUCGGUUCCCUUGUCGUGUCGUUCAUCAUAUGUAGGCCGAACGGGCAGUUGUCUGAAUGACAGAUUGUAUGAGCAUCGACAUAGAAUGGAAAACCAGCUCUCCGGUCACAUUACUGCUCAUUGCAAUACCCACAAGUGCAUUCCAGGUUUUAAUAGAACGUGUGUUUUGAACAGAGCUGAUGAUCAACGGACAAGGGAGAUAUUGGAAGCGCUUCAGAUCAAGAAGCGGGGUGAUGCUUCUAUCAGUGAACCCUCAGUCUCUCUAUCGACAAAGGAACUGUCGUAUCUUGGGAGCGGCACUUAGAAGCUGUUCUGUAUCGUAUUUUUGUUGUGCGAUGCAAAUGACGCACAGUUUCUUUUGUUCUUUUGAUUCUUGGCAGCAGCUAUUUAUUCCUGCAUCAUGAAAUAAACUGCUGUUUUAGUGCGCCUA